GUUUUUUUGCAUUUGCAUCACCGUUUCUCUAAUGAAAAGGCUCCUUUGUUUACUUUGCUUAAUCUGGGUAAAUAAGUAGUUUGAACGACUCACUACACCCUCAGCAUAGCUAGCCGGUGAUGGAAACUGGCAGCUAACAACUAGCUGACGAUACUCCUCUGUCAAGCUAGUAUUUGAUUGAACCUCCUAACGGGGGGUAUCGCUAGUCAAACUUGUGUACUCUGCAACUCGAAAGAGUGAAACACACGGGCUGUUCGUUCACUGCUAACAAAGGCUCCAGCGGACGUUAACCGGCGAAGUACAACUGGCAUCAGCUGACGUUAGCGGCUAGCUGUUGAACAAGCGGCCACUAGCUUUGCUAGCUGUCACAAGAAAACUCUGAAUCCUGUGCGCGAGGCUGUGGAUAUUGGCACGGGUUUGCCCAAGUUUUGAGGCCAACCGCCCUACUUUCUGACUUGCCUUAUAUUUUUCAGUUGGGUUGUAUGUUUAUUGUAGUUUUUGCAAGACGGCGCCGUUAACGAGCCACAGUCUACAUUCUGUCAGAGAGCAACUACCGCCCGGCGGAUCCCCUCGAAAUGCAUCAUCAUCCGGACCCUGCAGGAGACUCUGGCAGUGGUAGAAAGAUGGCGCAUCCGAAUGCCACACAUAGAAAGGGCAGCAACCCAAACAGCGGGACCAGUUCGUCGCUGUCAACACCGGCGAGCGCUCUGGUCAGCAACAGCCACGUUUCGGCCGAUGAUUAUCAUGGCUCCCUGUUGAUUCAACCUCCUGCUGGUUCUUCCUCCCCGGGUCCCCAUCCUCCUCCUCACAGCCUUAGCCUGCAUCCCCAGCCCCAGACCACUCAGUCGACUGGAGCACAGAUGAUGAAGAAGAAGAGCGGAUUUCAGAUCACAAGUGUGACUCCAGCGCAGGUGUCGGUUAGUACGAAUAAUAGUAUUGCAGAGGACACUGAAAGUUACGACGACUUGGAUGAGUCCCACACAGAGGAUCUGUCCUCUUCUGAAAUCUUGGAUGCGUCCCUUUCUCGAGCGAAUGAUGCUGUUGGCGCGGAGAGGAGCUCUUCAGAGGAGACGCUGAACAACUUUCAUGAGGCAGAGACCCCUGGAGCUGUCUCCCCAAACCAGCCUUCACACCCCCACGCUCUGAGCCAGGCACAGCACACCGGGACUAUGGUGAACGGGACUGUACACUCUCAUCACCCCAACCACGCUCAGAGCUACCCCGUGUCAUCUAGCAUCACUCCAUCUACACACGCUUCCAGAGCUUUACCUAGUUUUACCCAGAAGAUGCCUUCUAGCGUGGAGGGUCCUCAAGAGAAUGUUUCCCAUGCUGCCCCUCCAAGUAUUGCUUCUCAGUCUGUGGGGAUUGUGGCCUCAGGAUCUGUCCCUGGAAUGCACAGCUCUUCAGCAGGCACCACACUUAGCAUAGUUAAUCCCCAGACCAGCAGUGUGAAUAAUGUGAAUGCUUUGAGCUCUGCCAGUGUGCCUGUGAGAGGGGGAAUCAACACAAGUGCUAGCAGUAGCGGCGGUGGCUUCCCUCUGAAUGUGCUUAACAGCAGUGAAGCUGGAGGCGCUGCUAUUCCAGCUGGAGGUAACCAUAUGUCCAGCGCUAAUCUCAGUGUGAUCCAGCAGCACCAAAACAUCAACCCAAACAUCACCAUGGCUACUACCACCACUGCUGCUGCUGCUGCUGUGAGUGCCUCUGGCGGCAUGGGGGUUCCCAGCGGGACACAGGGAAGAGUUGGAUCAGCUGCACUGCAGCCUGUGAACUCCUCUGCUACAGCUGUGGCCUCAGCUCCUGUUUCAUCCGCUCCUGCCAUGCCUGCUCCUACUCCAACUCCAGUUUCAGCGCCCACAGUGGCUAUUACAGGCUCUCGCUUCAGGGUGGUGAAGCUGGACUCUAGCUCUGAGCCCUUCAAGAAGGGGAGAUGGACGUGCACUGAGUUCUAUGACAAGGAGGUGCCACCCUCUGCGACCUUUACCUCAGCCCCAGAUGCUGGCUCUCUCAGCACACGUCAUUUUGUGUCUGAGAGCUUUGUUGGAGCCUUGGAGAGGGAAAGCACGAGUGGUGGUACUGCAAAUACAUUGAGCCAUUACAAUGAGAACACUGGAAGUGGAGAGGCUGGAGGGCCCCCGGUACUUCAGCAUGCCCAGGAUUUUGCCUCUCCUCCUCAGGGCUAUCGAGGGAUGCUGCCCAGUGGCUUAAACAUGGGAGUACCUCAAACCCAACCUCAUGAGAUCGCCCAUUCACAAGUGAAGACUACUGUAGCCCCCUCAGCUUCCACAAAUAUUCAUCAGCCUGCACCCAUGCCAGGGCUCCAGACCACCGUUGGCUUGCCUGCACCUACUGCCCAGCAGCAGCUCACCUAUGCCCAGGCAGUUGCCAACCAAACCCCAGGCUCUUCACAGGGCCUGCUGGGUGUUCAGCAGCAGAAGAUAGGCUUUCCCACCCUUCCACAACAAUCAGCUGCUACUUCAUCUGCACCCCCAGUGUCAGUGAGGGCUCCUGAGUACACCCAGCCCCAGCAAGGGGUCCCCCAGGCAGCUGCUUCUCCCCCUCUUUCCAACCAAACUGGCUCAGUGCCCUCUGGGCCAGCAAAUGGAUCUAGUCAGAUGAUUGGCGGUCCCCAGCAGUCCCAAGGACUCCAACACAUACAGCCCACCUCUGUUCAGUCCACCUCUUCCAGCAUACCCUCUCACAUUGGUGUAGCAGCUCUUGGCCGGCCACCUCAGAACCAUCCAGGCCAUCUUGAUUGUCAGAAGCCGCAGACCCUCCCCACGCAAAUUCAAAAUCCAGGCCUGAGCAGCCAGCUGCCCACUGCGGUCCAUCAAAGCCAAGCGCCUGCACACAGUGGGCCACCUCCUAACCCCCAGGGGGAUCAUCAUGCCCAGCCCCAAGUCCACAAUGCUGGUAGUAGUGGUCGAAUGCCCUCCCAGGGCGUUUCUCAUAGUCAGCCUUCUUCUGUCAGCUUGACCCAGGAGCACAGCAGUGCCCAGGCCAUGUCUCAUGCAGCCCAAGCUAGUGCCCUUUACGCCAGUCUCCCUAACUUCACCACCACACAACUGCAGGAUGCCCAGCGGUUGCUCCUUCAGCAUCAGUCUGCUUUGUUGGGACUACCCAAGCUGUCUGCUGACGCCGCUUCUAUUGGCCACGGUCAAGAAACUGAGGGGGGUACCACCAUCGCUAGUGCCUUAACUGCACCGGCUGGUCUCAAGGCGGCUGACGGAGAGGAGGACAGCUCGUCCGGAGCCAGUGUCGUGGCAAUAGACAACAAAAUUGAACAAGCAAUGGACCUGGUGAAGAGUCACCUGAUGUAUGCUGUGCGUGAAGAGGUGGAGGUCUUAAAGGAGCAAAUCAAGGAGCUGCUUGAGCGGAACUCUCAACUGGAGCAAGAAAACACACUGCUGAAGACGCUGGCCAGCCCAGAGCAGAUGGCUCAGUUCCAAGCCCAGGUUCAGACUGGCUCUCCACCCGCUGCUCCAACAGCAGCCUCAGCAGGAACCCCAAACACCGCAACCCUCACCCAGCCUGCCUCCCACAGCUCCGGCCCCUCUGCGUAGCCCGGCGAGCGGAGAUGGAUUGCCUGCCUUGUCCCGUUUGAGCUCUGCUUCAGCUGCAGAGCCAAACUUUGCCUUCUACAGCAGGAGGUUACGCUGUCGAAACCAAGAAUUUGCACAUAUUUAUCUCUGAUGGGUGAAGCCCUUGGGACAGAACUCCACGGCACAGUGGAGAAGAGACAAUCUCUAGAAUGCUACGAGGAUUUGUUAUCAGAGGGAACUGAAUCAUCAAACGUUUGCCAAAAAAAACCCUUGGUCAAAAAGAAUGUCUUACCAAGAAAAUCAUAACAGCUCGUCAUUGACAACAACACACCGCAGAUAAAAAUAAAAUAAAAUCACUGUGUCUGGAUUUUAAGUGAUAUACUGACGAUGGAGCAGUAGGAAGUGGAGGAUUGUUCUGGGUAUCGCCUGUUAUCCUGAAUUAUGUAAACUUAAGCCUCUCUUUUUUAAGGCUAGAUCCUAACUUAUGAGAGAGACUGGUUGAAUAAAUAACAAAUGAAGAAUGAGCA